AUGCACAUAAUUCUGGUAUUAAGUAAAUCAGCUACUGAAGCUGCUAAUAAUGAAACUUAUGGAAUAAUUCCUUAUGUGGCUCCAAGAGGUAGAAGACUUUUUUGGGAUCGUUCUCAUGAUACAGAGCUGUUUAUUGAUAUUUGUGAUGGGUUACGUCCUCUAACAGGUGAUAUCAACGCACCUAAAGGUUAUAUUGAGUUAAUGAAAGGAUACUGUGAUUCUGAUCCAAUUAAAAGGCCAGAAGCUGGUGGCAUGAUUCAUAUGAUUGAGAGAGAAGAAGUUCCCAUUGGUGUAACAAAAGUUGUUGUAACACAAAUGAUCGACAUAUUUAAAAUUCUAUUUGUUGACAAAUUAGGAAAACCGUUGUUAACCAAUGAAAAGUUAGAAUUUACUUUAAGAAGCGUUCACCGUCUCUUAUUACGAUAUUUUAAUGAAUUG